AGUGACGCUGUCAAGCACACGUGUUUAUUUGCGACACUGUUUGUUUUCUUUCUAUUUUUUGAAGAAAAAAAAACUAUCGAAUGGUCGAAAUAUCUCAAUAAAAUGGAUAAAUUUAAUCAAAAGAAGCUGUUACAACAGCCAACUUUGGCAUAUACUAGUAAUCCUGAUUUUAGUAAACCCCCGAAAAUUGCUAACCCAUACCUUCAAUGCCUGGGAGCUCCUCACAUAGAUUCCUUUAAUUAUAUGCUUACUGAUGGUUUGAAAGCAGCUAUAGAGAAUUUAAUACCAGUUCAAUUUCAAAUGCCAUCUGGUGAAAGAGUAAAAAUCCAAAUAGAUGAUGCUACUUUUUCUAAACCAAGUGUUCCAAUGGAGGUUGUUGGUGUUAAAAACCAGAGAGUAUUGCCAACUGAAUGUAGACAGAGGGCAGCUACAUAUAAGGGAGAUUUUAAAGUUAGAUUAACAAUACAAUAUUCAGACAAUGUUGUAACACUAGAUCGCUCCCUGGGUCAGCUACCUAUUAUGAUUAAGUCUAAAAUGUGCCAUUUAGACAAUCUUUCACCAGAAGAACUUAUUAAACACAACGAGCAUGGAGAUGAAUGGGGUGGCUAUUUCAUAGUAAAGGGUCAUGAGCGUCUAGCAAGAAUGUUGCUAGUUACAAGAAGAAAUUACCCAGUUGCAAUCAAGAGAUCUGGUUGGAAAGGUCGAGGUAACUUGUUUACUGAGUUUGGUGUACUUGUAAGAAGUGUGAAAGCGGAUCAGACAGCUACUAACAAUGUUCUUCACUUCCUUCAAAAUGGCACUUGUAAAUUAAUGUUUUCGCAUCGGAAAACUAUGUAUUAUGCACCUUUGAUACUCAUUAUAAAGUGUCUAGUUGACUGGCCAGAUCACUACAUAUAUAGAUUGCUGUUACAUGGAAAGAAAAACGAUUUAUACUAUGUUAAUUGUGUCCAAAACAUGCUUCGUGAAUUACACGAACAAAGUCUCCAUACAAUGGAGGAAUGUCGUGAAUACGUUGGGAAAAUGUUCCGGGCUAAAAUCACUGAGUUACCCCCAUGGGCAGAGGAUUUGGAGGCCACCGAUUUUCUAUUAAAACACUGUGUUAUGAUACACUUAGACGAUUAUAAGGAUAAGUGCCACGCCCUUAUUUAUAUGACUCAGAAGUUGUAUGAUCUAGUUCAAAAUAAGUGCAAGGUGGAAGGUGCUGAUGCUGUGAUGGUUCAAGAGUUGCAAGUGGGGGGUCAGUUGUAUUUGCAGAUUUUGAAGGAGCGAAUGCAAAAUCUACUUCUUAUGAUGAAGUAUGGCUUUCUCAAGCGGAAUUUUGGGGAGCGGAGUAUAGGGACGGAAAUCCAUCAAAUAAUUAAAGCGUCCGGUUCGUUGGAACAGCGAAUGGAAAUGUUCAUAUCAACGGGCACGGCGCCGUCGAACAACGUCAACUUGCCGCAGUACAAGGGACUCACUAUAGUCGCCGAGAAUAUUAACCGGCAGAGAUAUAUGUCGCAUUUCAGAGCGAUUCAUCGUGGUUCAUUCUUCAUGGAAAUGCGAACAACGGAAGCUCGCCAGUUAUUGCCUGAUGCUUGGGGCUUUGUUUGUCCCGUUCAUACGCCCGAUGGAGCACCAUGUGGCCUGCUGAACCAUCUUACUGCUACAGCGCAGGUAACGACACAUUUAGAACCAAAGGAAACAAGGCUUAUUCCUUCUGUUUUAGAAAAGUGUGGAAUGGAACCGAUAAGCUCCGUUUCCCAAACUCCUUUAGAAAAUGACGUAUACAAAUAUCCAGUGUUCCUCGAUGGGCGUUUAGAGGGUUAUUUAGACGAGGCGACAGCGGCAAAGUCCGUUGCCUAUCUUCGAACACUCAAAGUUAAGGGGGAAGAUGUGCCUAUAAGUACGGAGAUUGUGCUUAUACCUAAACUUCAGACAACGUCGCAAUACGCGGGCGUAUUCCUCUUCACCAAUGAGACACGGAUGAUGAGACCGGUGAUCAAUCUCUCGACUGGUCAACUGGAAAUGAUAGGCACAAUGGAGCAACUGUAUUUAGAUAUUGCUGUGACCCAAACUGAAAUUAUCAAAGGUAAAACAACACAUUUGGAACUAUCAAAGUCGGCGUUUAUGAGUAAUUUGGCUCAACUCGUUCCAAUGCCAGAUUGUAAUCAGUCACCCAGAAACAUGUACCAAUGUCAAAUGGGUAAGCAAACAAUGGGUACACCCAUACACACUUGGAAGACGAAUGGCGAAACCAAAUUGUAUCGGCUGCAAACAGGCGGCGCGCCCCUAUUCCGUCCCCUCCAUCACGAUUUAUUGAGUUUGGACGACUUUCCUUCUGGAACCAAUGCCAUAAUCGCUGUCAUUUCUUAUACGGGCUAUGACAUGGAAGACGCGAUGAUCAUAAACAAAUCUGCCCAUGAGCGCGGCUUUGCGGCCGGCACUGUAUAUAAAUCAAAUUUUAUUGAGCUGGAUAAUGUCAACUCUUACUUUAUCCGAGAUCCGAGCAAACCCGAGCUAGCGGCUUAUAUCGACGAGGAUGGGUUGCCAGCCGUUGGUGCAAGAGUUAAUUCUGAGGACCCUUUCUAUUGUUUCUUCGACGGCGACAGAAGUCAGUACAUAGUAAACAAAUACCACGGCAAAGAGGAGGUCUUUGUGGAUAGUGUAAGGCUUUGCGGGGACUUUUCGCCUCGCGCUUGUAAGAAAGCUGUUGUCAUGUUGAGGAUACAGCGUAACCCAACUGUAGGUGACAAAUUCGCGUCUCGAGCGGGUCAAAAAGGUAUCUGUUCGCAAAAAUGGCCUGCAGAAGACCUGCCUUUCACGGAAUCUGGUUUAAUCCCAGAUAUCCUGUUCAACCCUCACGGGUUUCCUUCAAGAAUGACAAUAGCUAUGAUGAUCGAGUGUAUGGCGGGCAAAGCGGCCUGUUUACAUGGACAUGUGCACGACGCAACUCCAUUCCGUUUUAACGAAAAGGAUACAGCAAUCAAUUACUUUGGAAGGCUUUUAGAAGCUGGGGGUUAUAACUAUUAUGGAACGGAGAGGGUCUACAGUGGUGUCGAUGGACGGGAGAUGGUAGCGGAUAUUUUCUUUGGGCUGGUCUACUACCAACGGCUGCGGCAUAUGGUGUCUGACAAGUGGCAGGUUCGUACAACCGGCGCAGUGGAUGCUCGUACGAGGCAGCCCGUGAAGGGAAGACGGCGUGGAGGAGGAGUGAGGCUGGGAGAGAUGGAGAGAGAUGCUCUCAUCUCUCAUGGAGCUGCCUUCAUGCUGCAAGACCGGCUGUUCCAUUGUUCGGAUAAGUGUCAGGCGUUGCUCUGUACGAAAUGCGGUACAUUACUAGGACCGAUAGCAGUUACAGGGGGUUCAAAAGACACGUGUCGUCUCUGCAAACAGGGACACCUUGUAUCAAUAGCUAUACCCUAUAUAUUCAAGUUCUUCGUUACCCAAUUAGCAUCAGUUAAUAUUAAUGUUAAAAUAAAUUGUGUUAACACGCUCGCUAUCACGGCGGCUUAGUAAAUAUAUGGGAACAAA